AUGGCGUUGAUCUCUAGUGCCUGUUUGACUAUGGAUAUCAUGGGUAAAGUGAUCAUUCUGUUGGCUGUCGCCGUGGCAGCAAAGCAGAAGAGGGAAGCUAAACCUUAUUACGGAUUAGCUGGACACUACGGCCACCCUUACUAUGGAGGACACUACGGCCACCCUUACUAUGGAGGACACUACGGCCACCCUUACUAUGGAGGCUUCGGAGGCUACGGCUACCAUCACGCCAUCGGCAAGAGGGAGGCUCAAGGCAUGCAGAAGAGGGAAGCUAAACCUUAUUACGGAUUAGCUGGACACUACGGCCACCCUUACUAUGGAGGACACUACGGCCACCCUUACUAUGGAGGCUUCGGAGGCUACGGCUAUCCUCAUGCCAUCGGCAAGAGGGAGGCUGAGGCCAAACCAGAGCCUUACUACGGAGGCUUUGGCUAUGGCCUUUACCGACCCUAUGGUUUUGGCCUCAACCACCCAUUUGGCUACAGCCCUUACCACCCUUAUGGCUAUGGAUACCAUGGAUAA